CGUUGACAGCGCACCAUGGCAACGCGCUUCUGCGCUCGCUCGCUUCAGCGUCGGUCCGGACAGAAGCAGUUGUGCGGUGCAGAUCCUGCAAACGGAGAUUUGCAAACUGCAGCAUUACUCUGCGCUGUGCCUGUGCAAGAUGUUAUAACCGCGUUACUCGAGUAUUUGUCGUUUCGUUCGUGCGUUUCAUUAUUUAAUAUAAAAAGCAUCUGCUUCCUCACGGCUGAAAAGUUGAGGCUGCGCAGCGCGAGCGAGAUGAUGCUCGAAUCCAUUGAAGUUAUAGAAAGGCUCCAUUGGCCAGAGCUGGAAAUGUCUAAGAGUUGUGUCCUAAGCCCCAUGGAGAUGCCUGUGAGCCCCAGUCAGCUGCGUCUGGAGCACAUAUCCUCUGGCGUUCUGAAGGACCUGUUUAACACGGCCACCAGCAGCUACAACACACUGCUGCAGAAAGAGUCAGAUGCUCAGGAGAGCCCUAAACAUUCCUCCUACAAGUGCCCCAAACGAGUCUCCACGGCAAGGCAUCGCGACAGACCCUUGCCGACUCUUGCACCUCUAACGAUGAGUGGCCUGGCUUUUGGUUACAGAGACAGCAGGCAUGCUCAGUCGGUGUUCUCCUGUUUCUCCACCAGCAGUUCCAAGCAAACUAACAGCAUCACCGUGCUGGGCAGUGCCAUCCGCCUGGCCCCCGGCCCCAUCCCCAGGCCAAAAAACAGCUGCCCGGCUGGCACCAAACUCCCACAGCUGUCCAGAGCGCUCCCUGCUGUUCGUGAUGGAGAGAAUUCAAUCAAGAAGCUCUGCAUCCUCACUGCCAUAAAGCCGUCUAAUGUGGAGAAAGAGAAGGCCAGGUUUUUCAAAUCGGAAUUUAAAUACAACCCCCAGUUUGAGUACAGCAACCCUCUGCCUCCACAAGUACUAGCAAAGCACAGCACCGCUUCAGACCGCUUCCUCACACAGGCUGUGCGGAUCAUGGAGUUGGCCGUGCAGAAAUACGGCUCCUAUGAGAAGUUUGAACAGGCUACCGGAGGAAACCUCCUCACCAAGAGCCGCAUCUGGUACCAUGUCAAAAAAUACAUGGAGAAGGAAGGAUGCAUGGGAGAGAUUGUGGUUAAUCUUACUGAUGACCUCCUGUCCAGAGCGUCUAUGACUGUGGUGAACAGCAGACCUACGCUCACCAUUAACAUCUCUACUGCCAGAGAGCAGUGGCUGGAGGGGAUGCUGAGGCACGAAAUCGGUACACACUACUUCCGCGGCAUCAACAACAGUCACCAGCCGUGGAGCAGCAGCGGCGGCAGAAAGAAACACAGUCUGCGGCCCAUCAACCCCACUGAGGAGGGUCUGGCCAGCAUCCACAGCGUGCUCUUCCGCAAGGACCCCACCCUGUGGCGCGCCGCCCUGCUCUACUACACCGUCUACCAGGCCAGCCGCAUGUCCUUCUCACAGCUGUUUCACAACCUGGGCCGGUUCGUCCACGACCCCAACACACGAUGGGACUACUGCGUCAGAGCCAAACGAGGACAGACUGACACAGCACUGCCAGGUUGUUUCAGUAAAGACCAAGUUUAUCUAGAUGGCAUCCUGAAGAUCCUCAGGCACAGAGACAAGAUUGACUUCCAGCUGCUUAUGGCUCUGGGCAAGGUGUCUUAUGAGGACGUGGAGCGUCUGAAGAGUCUGGCUCUGCUGGAGCACGUGCGGAUUCCUCACUUCCUGCAGGACCAAGCACGCUACACGGAGCAGCUUCAUAAAAUCAUGGAGGUCAACCAGUUAACCGAUGAGGAGCUGUGCACACUUAUCUGAACUUAUGUGACCUCCGACCUCCAGCAUGAAUCUCACAAAGCCUGUCCAGGUCAUACAUUACCAUUCAUAAAUAAAAAAAAACAUGUCCAGGUCAUAUUUCAUUAAAAACUAAAGAAAGAAAGAUGAAAUUACUUUUUGCAUUAAAAAUCAAGCCUAUUUUUAGAAGCAUUAAAUAUUUUUUGAAUUUUCCAAUUAUUUUAAUGACACUUAGGUAGGGCUGCCCCCUAAUAGUCAACUAACCAUUAGAGGCUUAGUCGAGCAAAAACUUUUUAGUCGCAGGGACAAAAGAAACCACAGGAAGUGGCGAAGUCACGUAGUCAGUGAUGAACAGAUUAUUAGCAGCUGGUCUAUGUGGUAAUUACAGUACAUCGGUCGGGACAGCCAAACAGUUGUUUCGUUUGGGACCUCAAAUGUGGCUUAUCAUAUGAAACAUGUAAGUAAUAGUGUCAUUACAUGGCCGUUUGCUUGUAGGUUUAGGAGUAGAUAUGGGGGAGGGGUCAGGGUUAGGGGUGGGGUUAUGUUUAGGCAAUCAGUUACCGACUUCAACGAGGGGGUGCAUAAUCUGGCAUGGGUGCAGAAUUCAGCACAACACUACGAUGCAAUCAUUUGCAUUUAACUUAAAAUACGUCAUCAUUUUUGGUCAUACAGAUAAGAGUAAUACAUCUUUCGAAUCUGUAAAAUGUUUACUUUUAUUUGUGUGCACUCACAAUAACAACAAAACAUUGUGCUUUUGUAAAAUAAUGAAAGAAAACAGGGUGCGCUUUCUGCCAUUUAGGUUUCUGUGAACUUGAGUGCAUCAAAAAAAAAAAAGAGACAAUACUCUGAGAUAACACAGACAUGAAAGUAUAGAAAGCAAAAUCACUACUUUUAAAUGAACCAAUUCAAAUGGAAAACAAAUAUUUUCAGAUUAAGUAAUCUGUAUGAAAUGUGCAUGUCCACUGUGGAGAUGACGACUUCAUCACUGCAGCCGAAAAUACAGAAACACUAGUUUAUCAGUGAAGUAUUAUAAUGUUAAGGCAGUCUUCUUGCUGUUUUUUCCUUGACUCAUUCAUAAGCAUUACUUCUGCGGUGUGCUGUGGCAAGCUAUAGGCUAUAGGCAAUUAAAGGCUCAUUAUUAUGAAUUAUAUGGUUUAUUAAUAUAAACGUGCAAUCUCAUUUAGCGUAAAUUUACAAAAAUCUUAUUCCGAUUACUGUAAUGUGAAAAUUUAUUAUAUUAUAGUCAUUAAUCAUUACCAAUAUUACAAAAUGUAAAAAGAAAUUACCAAAUUACAAAAUGUUAUGAUGCAAAAAACUUUAUAGUUUUAAAACAGACUAAAUUUUUGCUCUAAAUGUUUUUUUUUCCUUUUUUUUUUUCUCGUGAAGCAGGACUGGAAAAUAAAGAGAUUUCUGGGAUAGAGACUCAAACAUUCACUCUGUAUAGGAGCCUAUGGAGCUUUAUUUGUUUUUCUCUGGUAAAAUUUAAUUUUAAGGGGUUUUUUAGCCCGUGCGGUGCAUUAAGUCCCCUGUAGUUCUCAGGACACGUUUCUCUUUUGAGGGGAUAUUGAGGGGCCAACUUACCAUCAGUUACAGAUUGCCAAACAUUCAUAUGUACUACAAGUUCCUUAAGCUGUUUAUUUCCUGAAUUUUUAUAACACUUUAAUUUGAAUAUCUUAUAAACUGCUUGAUACACACACACACACACGUGUGUGUGUGUGUGUGUGUGUGUGUGUGUGUGUGUGUAUCAAGCAGCUGAAAAAAAAAAUAUAUAUAUAUAUAUUAUAUAAUAUAUAUAUAUAUAUAUAUAUAUAUUUACAUAUUUAUGAAGGCAUGUAUUUAACAAUAUAACUUUUAAACCAGUGGUUCCCAACUAUAUUCCUGGAGCACUUUUGGGAGCCAUGUUGAGGAUUACAAAAAGGGUAAAUUUCUGAGUGCCAAAAUGUUAACCUUUCUUUAAAAAGUGUCCUUUAUGGAAGUAGACAAUCCUUUGUGUCUUAAAUGUCAUACUAUACAGUAUAUGAAUAACGUCUCACUAGUACAACUACUUUACCUUGACUGUAUUGUUGAUGUGUAUGACCUUUGACCUUGCUCUGUUCUUGCCAUUCUCCCAUUUAUCAAAAAAUAAAUAAAUAAAUAAAUAAAUUCUCAAUAUGAUCUUAAUAUAUCUAAAUUAAUAAAAUAAAUGUAUGCCUUGCAUUCAGACCAGCUCUGUUCAGAUGUUAAUUUUAACGCAUGUUAAAUUGAAUUAAAAUGAAAUUAUUUCUGAAA